GCGCAGUGCUGAGCGCAGCGAGGUCCAGGCAAAAGGGGUGUUACAACCCCCCUCCCCUAAAAAUCAGUCGAGAGAAGAAGAAGAAAAAAGAAGAAAAAAACGCGAGAGAAGGAGCCACAAAAUGGCUUCCAACCACAAACCUAUCCGUUCGCGGUUCUCCAGUCCGUUACAUUCGAGUUCGCCUUCCGGUUAUAAUGGUCAAAGAACAUUCAUGCAAAGGUGGCUCGAACCACCAGUGCAGAACAAAGCCAGCUUCCAGGAGGCAGGAUUGAUUAGAGGCGGAGUGGUGGAAAACAUGGCUCCUCUGGGUACAUUACCAAAGGCAGCGAUGCAUAAGAAAUCACCGGUGAAUGGAGAGGCAUUGCCAACUCCUCCGGUAAAGACGCGGAUUGUUUUAAAGAAACCAUACGUUACUCCGACAGUUGCAGUUGCAGUUGCGGCGGAGAGGGUACCGGUACCGAGUAGAAGAGAAGAAUCGGGCGAAGAGGCGGGCGGUGGUGAAGUGGAUAUGGUGGAAGCAGUGAAAGCUGUGGAUGCAGUGGAUGCAGCGCCAUUAUCGCCAUUAUCCCAACCUCUCCUUCCAAUUUCAAUUAUGGAUGAUGGACAAGAUGAAGAUUAUGUGCCUAAAAAAUCAAAGGUGCGACCAACUUCCAACCAGGUCCACCAGGUCAACCAAGUCAACCAAGUCACCCCAAGCAACGCGGCAAGGAGACAUUCUUCUAGGCGACGAAGUGCACGGCCCAGUCCUACGCCAGUUGAUUCUUCACCCAUUCACAUUCACCAAGCAACCAUAACAACAAAUACACCCACAAUCUCAUCUCCUCAUUUCCAUCCUCCUCCUUCUAUUCUUAAUCAUCGCGAACCAGACAAAGAAUUCGCAGAUAAAGUUGUCGAGGCUGCAGUAGACGAGGCUCUUAGGCAUUAUCGCUACCCUACAGCCUGGGCACUUCGUCUACUUUACGAUGAAAAUUCAUCUGACCCUCACUUUGUGUCUAUGAUUGAAGAUAUCUAUCAUCAGCGAGCAGAUAUAGAUACGAUCAAAGAGUUCAACAGGCUUGUAUGCGACAAGAAAAAGGACGGCAAAAAGGAUAACAAAGGCUGUUACUAUUUUGUGCCCCCGUCCACGGGUAGCCGCUUUACGCCUCAUAAGCCGAAGCCUGCACCUUAUGCGGAACUGGUCAAAAUGGAUCUAAGCAUUCUUCCUGAAGACACGCCUGAUGAGCAUGUCAGCAAGAAAGUGAAGCUUGAUUUUGAUCUUGGUUUUGGUCAUGGUCAGGGUCAUGGUAAUGGUAAUGGUCAUAGUCAUGAUCAAAAUGAAGAUGGCAUGGCAAACGAAGGCAGCAACAGCAACCAUCCUAUUCAGCUCAAGGCAAAUGGAAAUGGAAUCAGCCGUCCUAAAGGUCUCACAGGCACCAAGUCACCACAAAAGUCACCACGAAAGUCACCAAAGUCGCGAAAAACGCGAUCAGGAUCAGUUAGCAGCUCAUCAUCUCUAUCUUCAGUUCCUGACGAUGUACCCGAUGACUAUGAGCAAUACAUGGAUCAGGUGGAUGACGACCUGGGUGUCGCGCGUCCCAUAGCUGCCGAGCCAAAUAAUGCGCAAAUCCCGGCAAGCUCAAGCCAGCCAAUCAGCAGCCACCAGAAGAAACCCGCCGCGAAAAAGAAGAAUGGUGCAUCACCCAAGCAUCCGCCCUCACAAAACACUACCCGUUCACACCCUCCCUCUCGUGAUUCGAGUAUGCCCGCUGUUGUUACUGCUAACGGCUCCCCCCAUCCGCCCCAUCACCACCAGAACAAGCAGCAAGCAUCUACCAACUUGAAGUUUGCGAGCAGAUUUGGAGAAGUAGAUGAUUCGGAUCUACUUGUUCGCAAAAAGUUGAGCAAGAAGUUGGAGAAUACUAGUACCACCAAGGACAUCUCCGAAGAUAGCUUCAUCCGCCGGCCUCUUGACUUUGACCAUCUAUCCUUCGAGCUGGCUAUUCCGCCUCCGCCACCACCUCCUCAUGCAGCGGAGCAGAGCCGCUCAUCUCGGACGCCAGCUUUAAGCUCGCGAGCUGCCAGAGCGGCUAAGAGACACCAUGAUGAUCUUGAUGAUUCCAUCUCACCUACCGCGCUGUCAUUCAGAGCCGCCGAUCUGGAGCCGCCGUCCUCAGCUCGCGGUUCGCGUGCUGCGACGCCUUCCAACCCUCGCUCCAACAAGAAGCCCAGAGCUGGACUGCGCGUGAAGAAUUCACCGAUGAAAAAGAAGGGCACUUCUGCGGGAAUUCCUCGUAGCAAUGGUGAUCGGCCGAGCCCUGUGGGCAACGGACCGCCGAAUAACCAGGACGAAAAUGAUGAUUCCUGCUAUACCUGUGGGGGUAAUGGUGAACUGGUCUGUUGUGAUGGAUGCAAUUAUUCCUUCCAUUUCCUAUGCAUAGAUCCUCCGAUGGAUGAAGGUCGCAUGCCCGAUGAAUGGUAUUGCAACGAAUGCAAGCAUCGCCAAUGCCCACCUUUCAGCGAGCAUGAUGGGCCCUUGCGUUCCCUAUUCGCUGUCCUGGACAGGAAGAACCCGAGAGCGUUUCGUCUUCCCGAGGACAUCAGAGAUCUUUUUGAGGGUGUUCGGACGGGGCCUGAGGGCGAGUAUGAAGAGAUUGCCCCUCCCAAGCCUAAGACGAACAAGAAGGGUGCCGACGAGCCCUUUGACUUCUUCAAGGUCAGAAACGCGGAUGGCGCAGUGCUUUGCCACCAUUGCCAGAAGGGGGUAUCGGAUAACCGUCCCAUUAUUCCCUGCUCGGUGUGCGGGCUUAAUUGGCAUCUUGAAUGCUUAGAUCCACCUCUGGCCGUCCCGCCCGUUCCUCGGACCUGGCGCUGCCCUUGCCACGUUGAGGACAUGCUUAGCGAGCUGCCCGAAAGACUGGCUCCGGCACAUCGCCACCGGAAGAUCAAGAAUGCACCAGUCAUCGAGCAGAGCUACAGCAGAGGGAUGGCCAACGACGGUUGGAUAGAGAUCGAGAACGACGAUAGCGAAGAUGAUGCGGACGCUUGGCGACGAUACAAAGGUUUUGGCCAAAUUCACCGACUAUCUGCAAAGGGCAUCAAACUGGAUUUUAUCUCCCGUAUACGCCAGAACCGCCAACAAAGCUCUACUCGGAUGAGUACGUCUAGCCCCGGUCUUACAGUUCAAUCCAAGGCACGGACUCUUCAGGAGCAGCAAGCGGCAUUAAACCUUGCUCAGCUGGCUAGCGGUCGUAAUGAUGGUCUCAGUAUAUUGCACGAAGCCAUGAUAUCCCAAGCUAGUCCUAGUGUUCUUUCUCUCAUGGCAGCCGGGGAUGCUACACGUAUUGCCGCUGGUGGUCUGUCUUCAGUCGACAAUGCUAGUCUCGUGGCCAUGCUUCUUCAAGCGGAUUCCAUGAGGGAGGCUAUCCGCCAGACUCUGCAGAGCAGAAAUCAGCAUAGUUCAGAAAGUACCGCGGACGAAGCAUCACGCGAAGGUACGAAGCUAGAGGUACCCUUUUCAAACGAGAGCCCGGAAGACGACAAGACUGUUGUUGCAGACGAUAAGAACUGCACUCCGAGCAAAGACGUCGCUCGUGACUCUGGCGGUCAUGAUCGCAAACCCACUGCCGAUGAUACCGAUGAUUCUACAAUGCAGAUCGACUAAAUUUUCAUACUUCUCGUACGCCUCGCACGCUGUUGCUUUUUGCAAUGUUUUACGUUACAUUUUGAGACGGUCAUGGCAGAACCUUGUCUGCCCUAGACCAUGGAAUCAUACGAAUUUCGAUACCCGUGAACCGAGCAUGAAAGAAAUGGCAGCUCCGUAUCCACGGUAUCAGAUCUUAUUAAUUUUUCUUUACUCCAACAUGAUUUGACGGAAAUUGCAUUAAUUUCAU